AUGGCAAAGUUGAUCAUUGAUCAAGCUUUAUCACUUAUCAAUUCUGGUGCACGUGUUUUUGUGCAGGGAUGUGGUGGUGUUCCACAAUAUCUUAAUCGUCUUUUAGCUAAUCGUGCUGGUGAUCUUCGACGUGUUGAAAUUAUAAGUCUUAAUCCUCUUGAUGAUACAUUUACAAAUCCUGAAUUAAAAGAUAGUUUUUUUAUGAAUAGUCUUUUUGCAUCAUCUUUUGUUCGUUCAUCAAUUAUUCAAGGUUCUGCAUCAUAUAUUCCAAUAUUUCUUAAUGAAAUGCCUCGUCUUUUCGAUGAACAUAUUCUUCCUAUUGAUGUUGCUUUAAUUCAUGUUUCACCACCAGAUAAACAUGGUUAUUGUUCACUUGGUAUUUCAGUUGAAGUAACACGAGCAGCUAUACGAAAUGCUAAAAAAGUAUUUGCACAAAUCAAUCGAAAUAUGCCUCGUGUACAUGGUGAUACAUUUGUACAUAUGCAUAAUAUUGAUGCUUAUGUUGAAUAUGAUGAACCAUUAAUUGAAUUUAAUCAUAUGAAAGAAAUUACUAAAAUAGAAACAGCUAUUAGUAAAAGAGUUGCUGAAUUAAUUGAAGAUCAAAGUACACUUCAAAUAGGUAUUGGUCCUAUUCCAGAUGCUAUACUAACAAAUCUCAAUAAUCAUAAAGAUCUGAGUAUAGCAACAGAAAUGUUAUCAGAUAAUGUUAUACCAUUAUUAGAAAAAGGUGUUAUUACAAAUCGAUAUAAAAAAUUUCAUCCUGGUAAAACAACAUGUACAUUUAUAUUGGGAACAAAAAAAUUAUAUAAUUUUGUUGAUGAUAAUCCAAAUGUUUUUUCAUUAGAUGUUUCAGUAACAAAUGAUCCAGCUCAAAUACAUUCAUUAGGAACAAUACAAUAUUCAGGUGUUGGUGGACAAAUGGAUUUUAUGCGUGGUGCUGCUUUAAGUAAACAUGGAAAACCAAUUAUUAUAUUACCAUCACAAACAUCGAAAGGUGUUUCACGAAUUGUUAAUACAUUGAAAGAAGGUGCUGCUGUAACAGCAACUCGAGCUCAUGUUCAUUAUGUCGUCACGGAAUAUGGUACAGUUAAUUUAUUUGGUAAAAAUUAUCAACAAAGAGCUAAAGCAUUAAUUGAAAUAGCUCAUCCAGAUCAUCGUGAAGAAUUAGAACGUGCUGCAUAUAAACGUUUUAAAGCAUUGUAUUAA